GAGCGGCUUGCUCUUUUGAGCCGGCUCUUGAAGCUUAGGUUGGUGCAGGCACGUCUGGCCGAAUCCUUCGGUGCUGUGGAGGAAGCAAGGGCCGAUGCCGCCGAAGAGUCACUGAGCCCGAUUUUGAGGGCAGAAGAGGCGCAUAAAACGGCGCGGUGCGGCGGAACAGGUGGCGUUGCCGCCGGAAGCGCCGGCGUUUCCGCCGGCACUCCGCGCAGCAGCGCGGAGCUGCGUGAGGCAGUGGAGGUCGCCAAGUCGUAUUUGCAUGAACGCGCUUACGAGUUUUUCGAGACUCCAGAAGAACUAGACGCGGUGCUCACCACUGUCGCGCAACACACGGAUGCUCACAGCGACUUCCUGACAGGCGAGGCGGAUGUGAUUUGGCGCGGGGAGCGAAAUGAGGAGCAGAAUGAAGCGAUGCUGUACAUCAAACGGGAGAAUCCUGCGAAGGACUCUCCCAGCUAUGUGAACCGAUUGCUUGCAGCUCUCUUUUUGGAGGCAGGUGACGAUGGUGACGAUGGAGAGAUGAUCCCAGUAGCAUCGGAGAUUGACCCAGGACAUGGCCUUCGCACGAUUGCAGAUCUUACCCAAGGAGCCACUGAAGAUGCGCUGUGGGAAUCAGAGUCUACUGAUCGGGACCAAUUGAGUCCCUCUAGGGUGGGUGGGGUGCUGACAGUUUGCCCAUCGCUGUCAGCAGGGAUGAAAGUUCCGCCCGGGGCCCUGGUUCGCGGCCUGAAAUGGAAACUUGUGGCUCUCCUGUGCUUGGUGCUGUACGCGGUCUUCGAAUCUGGGGAGGAUGCCAGGCCAGACUCCGAGGAUCCAAACAUGAAACGCAUGAGGCCCUUCUUGUCUUCCCAAAGCUUUGAGAUCGGUCUCUGGACUCGACAAAAAGGCUCAAGUGCUUCCCCAUCGUCCGCAUCUGUACGAUCAUCCUCUCCUGAAGUCGAAGAGCUACGGCAGGAGUUGGAAAAGGCGCGCGUGAGGAGUGAGGAACGGGCUGCGGAGCUGUCGAGGCUGCGAGGAUCGAUGAGUGCAGGGAGCAAGGAUCUCGAUGACGGCGAGGCGCCGACAAAGACGGCCCCAAAGUCCGCAGCUGAGAUCCCCGAAAGCCUUUGGAGGGAACCUCCUUCGACGUCCAGCACAAGGGCACCACAGGAGGACAGCACCAUCACGGUGAAGACUGGGGACAAAGAGAUCAGCAUUCAGAUUGGUAAGGAGCUAUCCACAAGUUCCACCAGCUUGCAGAUGAGAGGGGCGGAUCAGAUCGGAGAUGGAGACAGUGAGGUGUCUACCACACAGGCAAAGGCGACCUCCUUUAGAGCCAACGCGACGGAUGCGAAAAUCCGGGGCGACGGCGAUGGCACGCUCAUCACUGUGCGAUCGGGACAGCAGUCCAUUGUGAUUCAAGUCCGUGAGGGAGAACAGGUCACAACCAGCUCCCCCACGACCACCGACAUUACCAACACCACGCUGGUAAUUGAAAAUCCUGUGAAGGCGUUGCCCGAUGUCCCGGAGUUGCCACCGGAGCCUAAGGCCGAGGAGCCGGUGGAUGUCGAGGGUGACAAAGUUGAAACCCCUGUUCCAAAGACGGAGUCCGAGGCCAGUACGACCAAAGGCUUUUCUGCCUACACCAACCUGGCCUUGCGAACUCGCUGA